AAAAGUGCAAGAGAGUGCAGCUAACGGUGCGGACGGACGGACGGACGGACGUUGGCGACUCGUCGAACUCUGGAAUGCGGCGCGAAGUCCGCGCGGAAGUCGAGAAGUCGCGAGGCGAAUCGAUAUGUAGUCCCCACGUCAGAGAUUCGAGGAAAGUAUUGUUUUCUAAUCAACAAAUUUUUUUGUCAUAACGACGAGAGAUUCGUUCGCAAGACGAAUGAUAUCUCGUUGCCGCUACGCGUCGUAGAUGAGAGUAAUCGAUGUUAUUAUUGAACAUGUUUAAUGUUAUUUUUCCGACAUUUUUGAUGAGGGAUAAUUGCGAGGUUGUCCGCGUCAAUACGGAAUUCCCCGAUACGACGCUUCAAAGAGAUACUUUUGACGAGCAGCUGCGAGAGUGGUAGACAGCCGCACGUGUUCCGCGUGCGUACGCGUCCGGUGGUUAUUUUUGGCCAUCGCGGUGAGUGUGUCAAAGGGCAAGGCUAGGUAGCGAGAGAACUUCGUUCUGGGAGCUCUGCCAGUUGGCUCUCGACUAUGAUACGUGACGGGCGGUGCUACAGCCGGUCCGACGCCUCCUAAAAUUACACGAUUUCGGAAAUCCCAUAACGUCGUUGGAACGUCGACGACACCGAUACUGGGAUAGCGAUAUCAAACAUAUAUCGCUUUGUCGGUCUUCAACUUUGAGAGAAGCUCACGUUUUAUAUAUAUAUAUAUAUAUUUUUUUUUCUUUUCUCUUGGUACGAUCAAGCACUAUGAGUAUACCGGAGGGAGUUGCAAAGUGCGUGGCCAUACUAAAAGCGGUGGAUACGGAUUCGGAAAAGUUUGCCGCGCUGUUCAUGGUUACCAAGCUGGUGAACGGCAAGGAUUGCGAUGCCGCCGCCAAGAAGAUGCUCUUCGAGGCCAUCGGAGCUAAGUUCCUCAAAAAAUUGCUCGCCAGCACAACCGUCCCUGUAGACUGUCCACCACAGGUGUAUAAAUCGGUAGCGUUAUCCAUUCUCUCCGCGUUCUGCAGAGAACCCGAGUUGGCCUCUCAUCCAGAUAUGGUCGGACAUAUUCCGGCGCUCUUGGAAAUAGUGUCUCAAGCUGAUGAGGAUGCACCGGAUGAUAUGCUGAUUAUCGUUAGCGAGGCUUACACCUGCCUGCAAUGUAUUGCGCAACAUCCUCCUGGGCAGAGAGCAUUGCUCGAGCAAAAAGCGAUUCCGAAGAUGUGCGAUAUUUACGCGGAAAAGAGCUUUCAGACGGAUGAAGCUUUGAACAUCUUAGUCACGUUAGUCAACACGUUUGGACCAGAGGCUUGGAAUCUAACAGACACCGCGCCUUUCCACGCGAUAAUCAAUAAGAUAGCCUUAGAUUUCGAAACAGAUCAUACGGAGAGAAAAUUCGAGCUAUGUACUAUCCUGCAGGCUCUGCUACAAUCCUGCAGAAAGGACGUGAUAACCACAAACGCGAAGGAAGAAUCUUGGCCGUUGAGCAUUCAUAAGGGUUUGAACGAUAUCUUGGGAUCAAAAAUAGGCAAGAAGCAGCGCGAUCCAGCUUUGAAACUUGCGUCCGUGAUGAUCGAUCUGUUGGGAGCGGAUUGGGCCAUGUCUGAUAAAGAAAAACCAAAGAUAUUCUUUCUUUUGCUUAUUCAGCUGGCGUCGAUUGAGGUCAGGAUGCAAUUGGAGGACAAACAGCUCAAAGCUGUGCUUGAGAAUGCUGAUUUGAUCACGGCUUGCUUCAUUAUUCUCGAAAUCUCGAUCGGCUACAUCGUUACAGAUCAACUUGAUUUAGAGCAGAAGGAAAAGCAGUCUCUAUACACAGCUCUAAAGGGCGCUUUUGCGGCUAUUAUCGGUCUGCUGAGCUCUGUAUCGAAGAUGAAAGCAUUGACGAACGUGAAAGAGAAAAUGUUCGUAUGCGCCGUGGUUAGAGUCCUCACAGCUUGGAUGGCACAAGAAACGAGCGCGAUGCGUCCUCAAGUUUACGCCGUGUUGCCGUAUGUAUUGACGGUGGCUAACGAUACCUUUUACGCAUAUCGAAACAGGAGACUAGCUGAAAAAGCCAAAUGUAAAACUAAAGCGGACGAGGGACCAUCGUCCGGAGAACCGAUCGUUCACGAACCGAUAAGCGAGACGGACAUAUUGAGAUUACUGCUGCCCGCCUUAUGCUAUUUAGCUGUGGAAGAGCCCGCUAGGAAGAUUCUCCUUCAACACAAGCAGGAUGAAAUUUUGUUCGAGUGUCUGUCCUAUCAUUGGACCAUCGUGCACUAUAAGAAGCCACCGGUACCGAGAUCGGAGCGUCUGAAGCUUCUGCAAGAUGGCAAUCGCACGGAGGAGUUGGAUACGCAGCUUUUGGAAGAGAUGAAAGACUCCAGAACUGCGAUGGUAUCCAUCUGCAACGUCUUGAUGAACAUUACCGUAUUGGAAGCGAAACUGGUGGAGGAAUCGCCUACAUUCAUCUCGCUGCUAAAAUUUAUUUACAAUAAUUUACCGGAGCUAAAGCAGAUCCCGGAAAAUCUGGUACUGCACGGUCAUCUAGCGGUCUUAGGUCUGCUGCUAAUGAAGCAACAAGCAAAACGCAUCAAGAAGAACGACUUCUCGAUAUGCCGUUACAUUCAAGCGACUAUAAGAUUCUUGUGGGAUGCGUACAUCAUCGAUGAGAGUAACGAUCCUACCGAGCUGGUAGUCUCCAUGUCUUACAAAGAACAUUGGAUGGAACUGAUGGAGCUUUGGUUUUUGGGUAUGCAAACGAUGGCCGGUGUGCUACAAGUGAUACCCUGGUUAUCGCAAUUCACAAUAGAAUCCGGCUGGGCGGAGGAAAUCAUAGAGACGUUGAAACGAGUAAAGAUCGGUGGUUUGGAGCCGAACGUCAAGUCUGCCUUUGAAGACCUGCUGUGCCACUUGGUGAAGGCCGAUGAUAACGUCGCGUCGGUUUUGAAAAAUGCGGCGCGUUAACCGUCUGUCGAAAUCAUCGUAUGAUGGAGCUCGGAAAGCGUCUCUUCGGGGAUUAAGAUUGAACAUUGAGAAUAUUAAGAACUGUAUAGCUUCUGGAUUUUUUUGUAUUACGCACGAGCGAUGUAAAGAAAUUAUUCAAAAUUGUAAAAAUAGCAAAAGGUUAAUUAAGGCGAGCAACUAAUCGAAACUUUGUACAAAGAGCAGUUUUGUAAAGUAGCUUCUUUAGUAUUUUGCGAUUUAGAUAGAUUUAUUAUUUUACACGUCUCUUGGAUAUGAUAUUCGAAAUGCGUAUGUGCGCAUAGUCCAGUGUAUAUUUAGACGGCAUCACGUCUGGAAAUAGUUUUCUGGCAAGCAAGAAAGUUAAGAAACGAAUCGCUCGAAGAAACACACUUCGUAAAUUACGGAGGUACAUUACUCGUUCUUACAUGAAGCUUUGAUACGUAUGUUCAUUUAUCAGCUAUUAUCGAGUGUGCUUCUAUCACUUCGCUAUUGCGGAAGCGGAGAUUGUUGUAUCGAUGUUAUUAUGAUCUUAAGAUGCUUUGAUGAAAAUUUUGUAAUGACAGAAAAAUGCUUUCUUAUUAAACGGAAGAAUUUUGUAAA